CGCGGUCUCAACACGCGCGCCAUGGAGGUCUUCCGCUGCAUCGGCAUCGACAGCGCUGUGCGCACAGCCGGCGCUUCGCUGUCUCCUAGCAAUGGAAUCUUAAAGGGGACCUCGUUUGUGCAAGUCAUAGAGCGCAUAGCGAGGAAGGAAGACCAAGGCGACAGGAAGAGAGGCCAAAUGCCUCUGGCGGGCUGGAGGGACGGUCUCGUGAGCCCGACCGAGGGAGCACGGUGCACGCAGGAUAUGAUGGAGCCCGUUCUCGCGCAAGCGGCACGCGAGCGAGGUGGCGAGUUACGGUAUAACACUGUGUGUGAGAAUGUCGAGCAGGAUGAGGAGGGCGUGACGGCCACGCUACGUGACCGCGAAUCCCCGAAUCUAGUGUCAAAGGUUCGGGCACAGUAUGUGAUUGCGGCCGAUGGAGCAGGCAGUCCGAUACGCAAGGCGCUCCGAAUAGGCACAACUGGAAAAGGCGCCCUAGGAAACCUCCUCAACAUCCUCUUCCGUGCCGACCUCUCAGGCCUCGUACGAGGCCGCGAAAUAAGCCUCUGUACGAUCGUCCAGCCUGCGCUCCGCGGCUUGCUCUCCGCCAUCAACAAUAGCGAUAUAUGGGUUUUCCACCUGUGCUACGAUCCCGACAAGGAGAAAGCUGAAGCCUACACCAUGGAACGCGUGGAAGAACUGCUACGUCUCGCGAUAGGGAUCCCGGAUCUGGAAAUACAGGUCAAGAGCAUAAUACCGUGGCAACCAUCCGACGUCGCGGCCAGCUCCAUGCAAAACGGGCGCAUUUUCCUCGCCGGAGACGCUGCGCACCAAACGACACCGUACGCAGGCCAGGGCGCCACCACAGGAAUCCCAGACGUCUUCGACCUAUCCUGGAAACUAGCGUGCGUUCUCUCCGGCCAAGCAAAUCCUAAAUUGCUAGAGAGCUACGAGAGCGAGAGGCUGCCUGUCGCACGUUUUGUAGCAAGGGAGUCGGGGGACUUGGCUGACGGGUAUGGAUUACCGGACAUGAAGCGCGGAAAGGUGACGUGGGCGUGGAGCAUGGCAAGACGGCUGCCGAUGAUUAUCGGAUUCGGGUAUCAGUACACCAAUUCCCCAGCUGUAAUCAACGAUGAAGAAGAAGCGCCGUGGUGGAUGAGCUGGUGGAACGUGCCGUGGUCUAUCCAGUCGUUAGUCCUAGGGAUCAAUGGGAAGCCUGGGACGCGGGUACCGCAUGUCUGGGUGCAAGAUGCAGCGGGCGAACAGAUUUCAACACUUGAUUUGUGCGGGAAGACAUUCUUGCUGCUCACGGGAUCGCAGGGGAAGCCUUGGUGUCAAGCUGCUUCCGAUGUCGCGGAGAAGACGGGUGUUGGUUUGCACGCGUAUCGUGUUGGACCUACGGGCGACAUCUCGGAUCCGAAAAGGAGGUGGGAAUACGCUGCUGGUAUUGGAGCCCACGGUGCACUGCUUGUGAGACCGGAUGGGUUUGUGGCAUGGAGGGUCAAGGAUCAGGAGGGCGGGUUGGGGGAGAGGUUAGAAGGUGUUUUGGAGAAGAUUUUAUGUCGAUGA